AUGGCCUUGAUGCAACCGCGACCGCAGGCCUUACGCGCAUGGUUAGCGCGACCCGUCCCUACGAGCUCCGCCCAUCCACCCGGAGCCGGUCCACCCACAUCGACCACCCGCACCUUGCACGCCGUGGGAGCGCGCGAUGCUCAUGGGUGGGUGUCGCUCUGGCGCCUGGACGAGGCUGGCCGCCCGGCGCCUGAAUGGACCGGUGUUAACCGCCAGCGACGCGACUGGCUGCGGUUUGGCCGACGUGGGGCUCACACCCGCACCUCCUCCGGCUCGAAAGGCGGGCGCGUGCUGGAUACGAUUCUUUACCAUUUAGCUGUGGGCAAAACCUUGGGGCUAUCUGGGUCCAACGCCAUCCAAUAUUUGAAUGAGAAUGAUGAGGGAUUUCGCGUGCUUCCCCUUUUUGGUACCAUUCCGGCUCAGAAAGGCAUCAAAGAAAUCUUGGAGGAGGAUCUACAAAUUGAUUUUAGCAAGCUCCUACAUGGCGAACAUUACUUCCAAUUAUAUCGUCCCAUUCCCAAAGGAGCCCAAGUGCAUUCCAUCAUUCAAUUGGCCGAUAUCGUGAACAAGGGCAAAGAUGCAGUUUUCAUAUUUGAUGUGGCCACUCGGGAUGAUCAGGAAAAUUUCCUGAUGUACAACCAAUUUUGCUAUUUUGUCAAAGGUGCCGGUGGCAUCGGAGUUAAAACUUGCUCUGACUCAGCAGUUCCGAUUAUCAAUAACUACUUCCAAGAUCAGCACCCCACUUUUGAGCAUCAUCACACUACCUCGGCUGACCAGGCGGCCCUAUUUCGGCUCACUGGAGACACCAAUCCCUACUUAAUUGAUCCCAAUUUGGCUCAGAAGUUCGGUUACAAACAUCCCCCGCUUCAUGGGGUUUGCUCCAUCGGUAUCGUAGCCAACAUCUUGCAAGAGCAAUUCCAAAUCCCCGACGACAAGUUUAAGGGAAUCAAGGUCCGAUUUUCCGCUCCGCUCUUUCCCGGAGACACAAUCCAAAUUUGGGCUUGGCGAAUGCAUAAGAACGUGAUCUUCUUUAAUACCAUGUCUAUGGAAACGGGCGAAAUGGUGCACACAGGUGGAUAUGUGACGACGUACUAAGAAAUCGCCCUUGUACAACACCGACAUUCAACAAUCGACGACAUUGUUGUCUUAACUCAUUUACCCUCGUACCUAUCUAUAAAAUUUGGAUAAUUUUACUAGACAAUGCCAUGAGCAUAUUUAGCAUACAGAAAAGAUCAUGUCAACUAACUUCUAGUAGAAGAUAGCUCAGACUGAAUUUGUCAGGCAAUAACUAUAUUACCUAUAUCCCAAUACAGUAUGAUCAACACCCCCUGAAGCCAUUAUUUCCGUUAAAUAAACAAUUUGAAUGCCAA